AUGGACAAGACAAGACGACAUUCGAGGAAUCUUCGCCUGGCCAAGGCAUGUAAUACAUGUCGGAGGAAGAAGGUCAAAUGUGAUGGAAAGCGACCUGUUUGCUCAUCCUGUCGUGCCUUCGACCUGGAAUGUGCUUAUCAGGAUGUUGUGGAUCGUCCAAAUCGCGCCAGCCGAGCUUAUGCUCAGGCGCUGGAACAGCGAAUUGAGAGACUACAGGAGCAAUUGCAGAGGCCCAAUAGAUCUGGGGAUGGACCUGGGCCAAGUAUGCGCGGAACUUCGCCUUCCGGGCUCUCGAGAAGCGAUGCUGUAUCUAGUCAGCCAAGCCAUCCGGAAAAUGGGGAACCACUAUCCGAACACAAUACGUUGAUCGAUGAAGACGAUUUUCAUCCUUCCAGUGCCGGGGAAGCGAAUGACCAAGCGUACAUCCUUAACGCCCAGGACGGCAGGAUGCGCUACUACGGAGCAUCUUCUGCUUUCGGAGCCUUCUCAAGCACCGUGGGUAGUGGUUCAGAGAACCAGACGUGGACGGGAGCCCAACAACGCGUACCCCAGCGGCGGGCAAGUGUGUGGCCGCUUACGAGCUGGGUGCCUAACAUCCUACAAGAUGGCUUGGAUCGACGUAUCUCUGAACCUCUUCCAUCCAGGAAUGAGACGAUGCAACUGGUUAGCGAAUUCAUGGCGACAUUCAAUCAGGCCAUUCCUUUAUUCGACGAGAAAUCAUUCAUGAGAUCAGUCGACAGACAGUACUCGUGGAAGCCCGAUGACAGUGCUUCCUGGUGGAUUUCACUCAACAUUGCCUUAGCCAUUGCAUAUAAGGAAAGGACGCACGCCUCCUCCGAUGCCGGUGACAACUGGAAAAGAUCAAUGGGACAUGUAAAGAAUGCUUUGAACGCCGUUGGUGAAGUCUUUCUGCAAAAUUCCGAUCUCUCCGCCGUUCAAGGGCUGCUAGGAUUGGCACUUUACUUUCAAGGCACACCUAACCCUCAAGCUCUUUUUAUGUUUGCAGCUACAGCCAUGCGUCUUGCCCAUUCUAUCGGAUUACACAGGGAUACUGCAUCUAGCAUACCGUCACCUGAAGAUGAACAAAGAAGACGAACAUAUUGGAUCGCCUUCCAUUUGGAUGCAGAUAUUUCCAUUCGAGUGGGCCGCCCGCCGGUUCAAGACACCGAGGACUAUGAUACACGCUUGCCGGCAGAUGUCCCUCAUGAUGAGAAGGGCAUUAUAACGAUUGAGGAUACCCAGGUUAAUUUCUUUCGUCUACUUGUGCAGUUGUCCCUGGUACAGCGGCUCGUUUAUCGACAUUUGUACACAGUGACUGCUCGUCGACAGCCGAAGGAGAAAUUGAUCGAGGAACUAAAAGCUUGCGAGCAGGCGCUUCUGGACUGGAAAAGCUUGAUUCCCCCAAGGCUCCAACCUCAAUGCUUAUUCAAAUGGGAGUCUCAUUACUUUGCGCAGCAUUUUCUUCGACUACAUCUCGCGUACCAUUGUUGUUACUGCAACCUCUAUCAGGCGUGCAUGUUCCAAAUAAAGUCUGCUGAGGCACCUCUUCGAGACGCCAUCUUCGGGAUCAUUUUACGGUCUCUCGACUCGGCACGCUCCGCCUUAAAUCUAAGAUCGCAAAUACCCUUGCUGGGGUCGACGUAUAAGUGGAAUGUUAUCUACUUUCCAGCUGCCGCGUGUGUGCCGUUGGCCCUCAGAAUCCUCGCGUACCCUGCACAUGAAUAUGCCAGGACUGAUCUUGCUAUGAUCCGAGAAACCCUCGACUUUCUUGCCUCUACCUCGUCUGAAGAGCCUGGUACAUACAUCGACUUCAUAUUGGGCGCAUUCUCUGACCUGGAGCACUCAGCGAGACAAGCCCUUGCAAAAGCGCAGCUUAAAAACUCCCAGCCCCCAGCACCUGAAUCAGAUAGGCGCGAUAUAGGACUCAACGUACCUCCCGAUGGUAUCAGAUACCCGGCAUCUCAUGCCGGAUACAACUCUCUCCCUAUAUCAUCAGGUAUUACUACUACGGACGAUAUGGGAGGCACGACCUCUAUCAGCAACCUUCCUGGUGCGGAUGCUGGCUUCCCAAUCCUGGAUACCCAAGUCGAUUCGACCGCCAACUGGCAAUGGUUACUACCUCCAUUUUGGAAUUGGCAGGAAUUUACGACUGGAGCACCCUCCUUUCUGUAG